AUGUAUUUCAUAAUAAGAAGUCAUCUUUUAAAAACGAUGCAUUUGCAUGUCAAUAUGCCAAUGAAUACAAUGUGCAACAAAUGCAAAACCUUGUCUUCGAAAAACACCAGUGGAGUACUUUUUAAGGCUGCAUCAUGGCGUUUUAAACAAGCAUUGGCUAACUUGUACAUGGCUAAUCGUUUUAACUGGACCCAUGUCACAUAUGUGACACUGGGAGUAGGAAGUCAAGCGUACAACCUUUUAAUGAUAUGUGUUCGUCGUUCUGUUUUGUUAGUUCAUAAAAUUCAUGAAUCACGUUAA